AUGGGAAGUCAAGGUCACUGAACUUAGAAGUCAGUAACGCCCAGAAGAAAUUUUCAAAUGUAUACCUCUCUCCUCAAGACGCUUGGCUACGUGUCUCAUGAUGUUCUUAGUUAAGAGACGCAUUACUUUUACUUCGUUGCCAUUCCACGAGGUCUAACCUGCUUUGUAAGCAGGUGUCCAGAUAGAAGUUGUAGUGUGGUAAUUUUACCUGGUACUAGUAUGCAGUGGAAGCCCAGCUGUUCCCAUAAUGCUUUCGCAAUACCUUUGGAUUUCAUUGUUGUUUGCUGUCAUCUAUAUGUUUUAUUCGAGCGAUCAUCAUCGACAAAUUUUGAUAAAAUUUUUGAAGGAGAACGUCGACGCUGCACAGACAUUUUUCAUGGAGUUCAAUGGCGAAGCGAUUCGUAAAACGGAAUUUGACAGCAGCGAAUCGCUAUUCACCACGGACGAUUUAAAAAGAUAUAAUAAUUUGAAUGACGGCUUAUAUUUAUCGGUUUUGGGUCAGAUUUAUGAUGUUACAAAAGGAGAAAAACAUUACGGCAAAGGAGCAGCUUAUAAUGCGUUCGUUGGUAAUGGACGUGAUGCUUCAUUGGCUUUUGUUACUGGUGAUUUUACUGAAGAGGGUUUGAUUGAUGACAUAUCUAGUUUAUCUGCACAGCAGACUAAAGAUUUAUAUGGAUGGAUUCAGUUUUAUAAAGAUAAUUAUGUUUACAAAGGAAAGCUAAUAGGUAGAUAUUACGAUGAAGAUGGCAAUCCCACAAGUGAAUUUUAUAAAUAUCAUGAAAAACUAAAGAUUGGCGAACAGGAAAAAUCCAAAGAGGAAGAAAAAAAACGUAUGUUUCCACCAUGCAACAUUGAAUGGAAAAUAGAUGUUGGCACUAGAGUGUGGUGCACUAAAAAAAGUGGUGGAAUAGAGAGAAAUUGGGUUGGAGUACCACGAAUGUUUUAUGAGAAUCCUGGAUCAUCCAAUUACAGAUGUGCCUGUGUAAACAUACAGAGUAAACUAUACAAUGAAAACAAAGGUAGUCUCAGAGAGUAUGCAGGAUGUGCUAAGGGUUCUACACAUUGCACUAUAAAGCAAACAGAAGACACAGUAUGAGAUAGUAUGCCUUAAGUGUGACAAUAGAUACCAUGCACAACAUUGAAUCUCUGAAAUAUGGGACUACAUUAAUCACAUGGUUCACCUUUAUCUGAUAGGAAUAAGUCCAAGACUGAUAGUUAUCAGUGAGACAGAGGUUAUCAUGAUAUUUCAAGAGUAAUACUUCAUGAUUGUUUUAAGUACAAGAGGGACCAUUCUUAUACAAAAGAUUUAUUUUUUAUAAUAGAAGAUAGGUACUUUAUAAGAAUAUAUAAAACUAAGCUUUACAAUUUGCGCUUAUGAAACGCAAAUAAUUAUUAUGUAAUUGAAGAAAGGUGAGAUUACCUAUGAAACGUGAUUUAAAAAAAAAUUCUACGUGUAAAACUUAUCAGUUAUUGAACUCUUUGAUGCACGGAAAUUGUUACAAUCAUAGAGGAAAACUGUCGUUCUUUGUAUUUAAGUAUUAGAAAAAUAUUAGUUGUAUUUCAUUUAGAGAAUGCUGUGGAUAAAUUUAAUUUGACCAAUAAAAAGAUAAUAUCAGUGACAUGUUA